GUUUGCUGGCUUAGUUCUCAUUCAAAUCGCUCACCGUGCGGAACAGAGGCAAGUCACCAUCGCGCGCGUACGUUCCUGAUAUUGCCUCGUCCCAGUCCGACCUAUCAUCUUUCAAUCCAACCCUACGAGCAAAACAAUAAAAAUUCUUUACCCGCGAGUUGAUCGGUAGUGGUUCCGAAACAAUAAAAAAAGAGGUUUUCUUUCUUAGGGAUAUCCUAGGUACCUAGGAUUCGUGAAGAUAGUACGAAUAACUGUACGGGAAAAGUCUAUGCUGCGGUUAGCAAAGAAGUGGGUUGCUAUGUUGGGUCGCCAUCUUGGCUCCCAUACCUCUAGCCGAAGAACAACAGUGGAUGUUGCGUUACCGAUGUGAAACGAUAGUGCGCGGUUUAGUGGCGAACGAAAAAAUAAACGAAACUAACAUUUUCCUACAACCAUACAAGGUUACUUGGUACUAAUGAAUGCGAAAAUGUCGAAUUCAGUGCUCGCAUAAGCACUCAAAUUUGUUUAUGCGGUUUGUGAACCGAAUACACGUGUGCAACUACAAAUAGAAGUAUGUAAUGAAAAGGCAAAAAGUGCAAAGCCGUGUCCAUUGGGAGCGAAGUUAUCGAUUUUUUUGCCACUUUUCGCAAUAAGCGUAGCAGAGUGGUUGCACGAAAGACACCUUAACAUUGUAGGAAGGGUGGCUUUUCGGUACAUUCAGCUUAGCUCUACCAAAACAGGGAAACUAAAGAAAGUAAAUGGCGAAGUAUCGAUUUAUAUGGGCCUGAAAUAUGCGGAAAGGGGAGAGCAAAGUUGGUGUUUUGAAUAUUACAUGAAUGGAAUGCAGUGAGAACAAAAAAAAAUAAUCGCCUCUUUUGUUCAUUUUGUGUGCAACGGAUUAGGAAUACAAUAAACAAAUUUGUCGCUUAUUACCAAUCGGGCAGAUAGAUAGAUAAACAAAGGAAAGCCCGAGAAGUAACCGUAUCGAGUAUCGAGCAGUUUCCUGUACGAAAAAGGCUAAACAUGCUUGACCAUUUGUCGAUCGCAUGCUAGAAUUUUCCCAAGUGACGAAAAUCUAUUGCAUCGUCAGUCAGAACUAGUGUUUAUGGAGAAACCAUUUAUCAGUGGAUGAAAAUCAAUGUUUUUGUGAGCUAGUAAAAAAUUACUAGGGCAAUGCUGCAUUGUGUGAAAAUUUGUGUUACGAGAGCCUAGGUGCACUGCAGCACGCAAUCCGAGUUGUUGCCUUUCAUAUCGGCUAAAUUGUUACAGUAGAGUUUCUUUUCCCAUCAACUAGGCUAAAGAGUAUAAUUUACCGGUCCAGUGUACGCCAAGCCAUUGAUUGAUGACUUCGAUUUUGUGUGUGCGUGUGUUGUGAAGAUUUGGCAGUAAUCGUCCUCUGACGCAAACCGAUUCUGUUCAGUUUUUGAAGUGUUAUGGUAGUCGAAGAAUAGAAUAAAUCAAUUAACUGAAUGUCAAAAUGGACAAAGCCGACUGGUCGGGUUGUUGCAAUAAAAGGUGUAAUGGCAAAGUUCAGCGACGACGUUCUCCCAGAAUACUUAUUUGGGUGUCUUAGGGUUGAUGUGGGUUCCCCUAGUAAUAUCUAUAGAAACAAAAUUUAAAUAACGUAAUUAGAAGAGGGAAAAGAGUGUCAGGAAUUUUGCACAAUAAUGCGCCCCUUUGUCGGUCCACCGAAUUCGCGAACAAGUUCAACAACGGAAAUGGAUUACGGAGGCGAAACAAGGGCGACCACCAGCCAGCAGAUGGCACGGAUAGAGGAUUAUGGACACGUGAGCACAUCGAUGCAGGAUCUUGCUCAGGAUGAACCGGACAAUCUCAGGAAAAGUAUGAUGUCGAUCCAAGAAGAGCUGGACCAGAUGGGCAUCAAAAACGACCAACCGCCGGCCUAUUCGCAGGCAAUCGCCGGCGACGACGUCAACAACACCGACAGCAGCGUCGACAACAGCAAUGUGUGCCAGAACGGAUGGCCGACCAUGCCGGGAGGGAUUCCCGGCGUUGCAAAUAAACCGGCCGGUUGGAUGGACGGUCUGUUCGGUUGCAUGCGGCCAGUGCUGUCGCUAAUCGGCAAGACCCACAUUAUGGAGAUGAAGAGUAAACAGACUGAUGACUGGGAAAUUCCCUUCGAGUCCAUUACCGAUUUGGUGUGGCUCGGCAGUGGGGCCCAGGGUGCCGUGUUCCGUGGCCAACUGCGAAAUGAACUUGUCGCGGUUAAGAAAGUCCGAGACGUCAAGGAAACAGACAUAAAACACCUACGAAAGCUGGAUCACGAGAACAUAGUUAAAUUCAAAGGUGUAUGCACUCAAGCGCCGGUGUUUUGCAUGAUCAUGGAAUUUUGCCCGUACGGACCGCUGCACCAGAUCCUGGCGGACGGUAGAGACAUCAUAUAUCCGAACCGGUUGGUGUCCUGGUCGCAACAAAUCGCCCACGGAAUGCAGUACCUCCACUCACACAAGAUCAUUCACCGUGAUCUCAAAAGUCCCAACAUUCUGAUAGGCGAAAGUGAAGUGAUCAAGAUUAGUGAUUUCGGGACCUCGCGUGAAUGGAAUGAGAUCAGUACAAAGAUGAGUUUUGCCGGUACGGUAGCAUGGAUGGCACCGGAGGUAAUCCGAAACGAGCCUUGCAAUGAGAAAGUCGACAUUUGGUCCUACGGAGUCGUACUGUGGGAGCUGUUAACCGGUGAAGUGCCAUACAAGCAUGUAGACUCGUCACAAAUUAUCUUCGGUGUUGGCAACAACUCACUUUACUUGCCCAUCCCCGGCAGCUGUCCCGAGGGCUUUAAACUUCUGCUGAAGCAAUGCUGGAGCCCAAAACCCCGGAACAGGCCAUCAUUCAAGAUUAUACUCACCCAUCUGGAAAUUGCUGGACGAGAGCUGUUACAACAAUGCACGGAAGAUCAGGGUUACUACGAAACUCAGAAGUCGUGGCGGGAAGAGAUCAGAAGUCACAUGCAGAAACUCACCACUAAUGGCAUGAAUAUUCAAAAGUACGAACAGGAGCUAAUUAAAAAAAGGAAGGACGAAUGGAAACAUGCUCAAGAUAUUCGCUUGGUCUACGAACGGAAGCUAGAGCGGGCCAACACGAUGUACAUGCAACUGAGUGCCGUCUGGGUUCAGCUCCAGCAGAAAGAAAGGGAAAUCGCAGAACGUGAGAAACAACUUCCCGGCUAUAAGCUACGAAAAUGUGGCAUCCUUCUGAGGCGUAAUGGCGAUAAGACAAACCGGAAACGAGCUCCGUUUAACAUUCCAGCAGCAAUGGUCACCUCCCCUGGCCACCAGCAACAGCUUACGAUAGCAGCAACGCAGGCCGUUCCUGGCGAAUCGACUACACCCAGUCCAACUUCCGUUCCAAACAGCCCCAUGAAGGCAACGUUAUAUGCUCAAUUAGACGGUACGACUCACAAUCCUAAAUCGGUGGUCAUAAUUCCACCGGGGGUAACAUCGUCCGGUGCGAACUCUUCUGGCAGAGCAAAAAAAUUCCGUCACCGACGCGUUGGCUCGGGAACUUUCAGCUCACCAAAGUCCAGUCCGUGCCGGGAUCGAAGGGUACAAAGUGAACCGGAAACGAGAACCAUUCGGCUAGUCGAUACGGAGACUCAAACUGAUGCGAUGGAUAUUAGCGAGACUGACGCGAGUCCUAGUCCUAACGCGGCUUCGAAACGAAUGUCGACCAGCUUACGGGAAGAAACGAACGUGGAAAAGGAACAACGGGAUGAAAUUCCUCCAUUGGUUGCUGCUUCGCAGAUUUACAAAUGUGGAAAACCUCAGUCGGAAGACGACGGUGAAGUGCCUGAAGAUGAAGAGAAUGGAAACUCAAUAUCGAUUAUGACGAAUAGCCGAAGUAGUGAUAUGUUGACAAAUAGUAAUCAUCAGCAGCAGCUUCCCAAUCCAGACGAGGAUGAUGACAACGAUGAUGAUGAUGAUAAUGAUGCCGAUCAACCGGUCUGUUCUAGUCCUGAUCCAAUCAUGGACGCCAUGAACAGUAACGAAAGGUUAGAUCGAGACUGUAGUGAUGACGACAAGAUAGAUACUCUGAAUCGAAAGGUUAGUUUCAUCUCGGAAAAAUUACAACAGCAGAGCGUCUCUAGUGGAAAUAGCCAUGCGCAACAACUCACGGAUUACAGUAACAUCUUGAAUGACAAUGUUAUUGUGUAUCGCUGUAAUAAGAUCUUAAACGGAAGCAUGGGCAAAGGAUCCAAACGAUUGGACAGUGCAAUUUUGAUGAAACAUCCGACAGCAGGCAAUAAUUUGAAUGCUGGCGGCAGUGCAAUCGGUGCUUACUUAUACAGUGGCAACGGACCUAAUGACGAAUCUCCACAUCAUCUGGCCCGGCAAGCGAUCCAGGACGAAGAACUGUGCAAUGAUAGUUGGACCGACGAGGAGGGUGAAGAUCCGGUUGAACAGUACAAUUAUGCGCUUCGAAGAAAGAGCAUUGGUCGUUUGCCGAUUAAACGUGGCCGCCGUUGUAAGUUACCCUCCGGAUUGGGAUUUUCCGGUACGACGUCUCCAGUUGGCACCACCAAUAGCGUCGAUUCGUCGCCGAGUCCAACUGCAUGCCUCCCGGUUGCUGCCAUCAUGCAUAUGAAACAUGUCUCCAACGUGACUGUUUCGGAUGAGGAAAACACCUCUGAAUACAGUCACGCUCCGUCCAGUCAGCGAUCGACACUGGAGAGCAAUCCGGAACUGGUGGCCGACAUUAAACGGCACCGUACCGUCGGCAAACAGCAGCAAAUCAUGCAGAAGAGUACCACUUCAGCGAAAGAUACCGACGAUGAUGAUGAUCAUGACGACGACGACGAUGAUGGCGAUAUUGAAAUUGAUAAUAAUGAUUCCAGUGACUCAAGCUCGGACGAGGACAACAAUGCUUUUGGUUCGGCUGAACUGAAACGAACCGUUGAAAAUAAAGAUAAGGAAAAUGGUAAUUCUUAUUAGGAUUGGACAGUGAGUGACUGCGUUUGAUGUAGGAGAUCUUUUGAGAAACAAUGUUGAGAUUAAUUUCGAAACCAAUUCUGUACUCAUGGAGCAAUAUUACGUUUAGAAAGCGUAGCAAGAGUGUGUGUUUUUGUUCUGUUUUUUUUCAUAUUCUGUUCUUUUUUUGUUAGACUAAGGUUGUAAAUUCCGGUUCCGUUCCUAAGGAACGAACCCUUCUCGGUCCAUUCCGUUUCAGCAUUGUGAGAAAAGACUUCAAUAUAUAAUAGGCGAUAUUACUAAAUAAUGUAAACUUUAUUGUAUAUUGAUAUAAAGAAGAGAGAGUAGGGUACAAUAGGAGUCAAGAUGAGCAGGAAUUAUCUUUAACGUAAAAUGCAUUGAAAUUAUUCUAUGACAAGAGUUGUCAUAGCAGUAAAAUUGUGUCUAUAGGAAGUAAAAUGUUUAAGAUACCUCUAAGGAGAAGGAAUAUUUCCAUCUCCCCAAAUGUGUAUAUUAUUGUUUUUUACAACCUUGAGUUUACGAAAGUGAUAAUCGGUGAAGUUGUACGAUUGUGUACGAAUAUAUUCGCAUAAGAGAAGUUCAAUGUCAGAUAUAGUAAUAAAUAAUACAAAUAGAUGCGACUUGAUUUAGUAUCAACAUCUACGUCCAAACCCGUGAUCAAAACCCCAA